UCGCCAUCGCCUGGCGAGGAGAUGAGAGGCGGCGCUGCCGAGGAAGGCCCCGGGCAGCCAUCCCGGGAGCCCUCACCCCUCCCCUCACUCUGUUUUCCCUCCUCCUCCUCUUGGCCCUCAGCCCAGCACCUCACACCCUCAGUUUGCAAGCCCUGGUAAGAUUGCUCAAUUGUUUUGUUUUGUGGAUUUGUUUUGAGUUUAUUUUUGGUGGAAGUGUAGUUGUGUUUUAUGUUCAGGUGUCUCUUGAUCUCAGUAACCCAUAGGCCCCCGUGGGGGAACAGCGGGGGAAGACUUUGGGAGGAUUUUACCCAGAAUCCUUGCGGCCUGCUUUUUGUCCUCCAGGAAACCAGAAGCCCUGGUGAUUAGGACAAAGCCAAAGGCCCCUUGUUAGCUGGCCGCCCCUGCCCCCUAUUUCCCCCUGGUUCUUUCCCCGGGCCACAGGGAAGUGUGGUCCCCUGAAUUCCCCACCCAAGCUCCUCUGCUUCUCUGCGCCCAGAGCCAGGGACCACCUCAGAAGUGUCAUCUCUCUCUGAGCACGCAUUCCCCUGCAGCGAGCGAGCGAGCAAGCGGGCGGGCAGCAAGGACUGAGCAAAUUGAGUGAUCCCAGGCCACAGAGGCCUGGGAGGAAAGGUGUUCAGCCAGUCGGUUGUAAGGCGCUCGUCGGCACCUGCUGAAAUGCUCCCACCUGACAGCCCCCUCCUCAAAGACUGUCUAAUUACACAUGGCAGGUUCUAGAGACUCAAGGGGGAGAGCUGCUUUCAAGGCCACCACGCGUCUGUGCUCCCGGCCGGACCCUAUUUGCCUUGUGUUCAUUUUGUUCUUUUGUGACUGCAAAGACCAAAUAAAGUAACAUGUUUGAGGACAAAAGGCUUGGGGUGCCCACCCGUGUGGGGGUGCGCUGCAAGAAGCCUUUGCUAGGGUGUCUCUUGUGCUGUGUGGUUUGUUUUGUUUGCUCCUUUAUUUUGUUUUGCUUGCCCAGUCUUCCCUUACCCUUGGAUGCUUCUUAACCCUCAGGGCAAACCUUUGUUCCCCUCAGGGCAAACCUUUGUUCCCGCAUUCGGCUCUGCUUUAAAGCAAGCCUCAGGCCGUCGGAGUUUCUGUUUAGGGCAUCAAAAAUUCCCGCAAGAUAUAAAGAGCAAAUGUUUUCACGUCUCUCUUAGGAUUAGAAGAAUUACAUAAAACUUAAUAAACAUUUUCAAUGAUGGAAAAAUGUGUCUUGUAAUUCUUUGGCUCUUGCCUUGUUGAGUGCAUCAGAGAGGAAGACUCUCGGCCAUGUUUGCUCCCUAAUCGCUUGUCUUGUGUGGUGUCAUCUUUUCUAGCUGUUUUGAUAUUUGUUAGGUUUGCAGAUGAGUUUGGGGCCUCUGGCAACAUAGAGACUAAGGAACAGGGUAAGAAAAAAACAAAUGUUACAAUCAUGUUAUUUAUAACACAUCUUCUGUGGGAAUUAAAAGUUCUCUCUGCUCCUCACCCCCCCCUUGCAGGUGUGGUAUCUGUACGCUUUGAAGAGGAUGAAGACAGGAACUUAUGUUUAAUAGCAUAUCCACUAAAGGGGGACCAUGGAACUUUGGACAGUGUAGACAAUUCAGACUGUGAACCAAAAAGUAAGCUCCUGAGGUGGACAAACAAAAAACAUCAUGUUCUAGAAACGGAGAAGAGCCCCAAGGACUGGGUGAGGCAGCACCGGAAAGAGGAGAAGAUGAAGAGCCAUAAAUUGGAAGAAGAAUUUGAGUGGUUAAAGAAAUCUGAAGUCUUGUACUACAGUGUAGAGAAAAAGGGGAACGUCAGCUCCCAGCUUAAACACUAUAACCCUUGGAGCAUGAAGUGUCACCAGCAGCAGUUACAGAGAAUGAAGGAGAACGCAAAACAUCGGAACCAGUACAAAUUCAUCUUACUGGAAAACCUGACUUCCCGCUACGAGGUGCCUUGUGUCCUGGACCUCAAGAUGGGUACCCGCCAGCACGGUGACGAUGCUUCAGAGGAGAAAGCAGCCAACCAGAUCCGCAAGUGCCAGCAGAGCACGUCCGCAGUCAUCGGUGUUCGUGUGUGUGGCAUGCAGGUGUACCAGGCAGGCAGUGGGCAGCUUAUGUUCAUGAACAAGUACCAUGGGCGGAAGCUGUCGGUGCAAGGCUUCAAGGAGGCACUUUUCCAGUUUUUCCACAACGGUCGGUACCUGCGCCGUGAGCUCCUGGGCCCUGUGCUUAAGAAGCUGACUGAGCUCAAGGCCGUUUUGGAGCGACAGGAGUCCUAUCGCUUCUACUCAAGUUCCCUACUGGUCAUCUAUGAUGGCAAGGAAUGGCCUGAGGUGGCCCUGGACUCAGAUGCUGAGGACUUGGAGGACCUGUCAGAAGAGUCAGCUGACGAGUCUGCUGGUGCCUAUGCCUACAAGCCCAUCGGCACCAGCUCCGUGGACGUGCGCAUGAUCGACUUUGCACACACCACCUGCAGGCUAUAUGGCGAGGACAGCGUGGUACAUGAGGGCCAGGAUGCUGGCUAUAUCUUUGGGCUCCAGAGCCUGAUAGACAUUGUCACAGAGAUAAGUGAGGAAAGCGGGGAGUGAGCUUGCUGGCUGCCCCAGCGCUUGAGAGACUCUCUGUGUCCCAGGCACAGCUGUGCUGCGUCGGGGAGGAGGCCAGUAUGGCCAGGCCGUUGGCCCCUGCAGCCUGGAGCUGAUGUGCAGAGGCCUCUGUGAGUCCCAGCCUGAGCCAGCCCUAACCGCGUUCGGAGUCUUUUAUUUAUUUUAACUAUUUCUUCAACAUUCCACAUUUGAUGAUGCAGAUACCUCUUUCUUCCCUGAGUGUAAAUGUUCUAAUACAAAUCUUUUUGUUAAUUGUA